AUGAAGAAAGAAUGGAAGACAGGAGUACCUCCAGAGCCAGUGUAUAUACACCCGGAUAUACUGCAGCAGCAGCAGCAACUGCAGCAGAUGCAGCAACAGCAGCAAGAGCAGCAACUGCAGCAACUACAGCAGCAAAAAUUCCCUGCACAUAAGGUAUGGUCUGUAUUAGAGUGUCAGCAAGUCUUCCUUCGUAGCUUUGUUGCUCUUAUUAAGAGAAAAAAACAAAUUAUUGACGAACAGCAGCAGCAGCAGCAGCAGCAGGAAGAGCAGCAGCAGCAAGGGGAGCAGCAGCAGCAGCAAUUAGGUAUUCCCUUUGAUAAGGAUGAUGAUAUGGCGAUGGAUUUUGUUGCUGCUGCUGCAAGUCUAAGAAUGCAUAACUUCCAUAUAGAGCCAAAGGCCAUACAGGCGGUUCAUAUGCUGAACUUCCUAGAUAGACAGAAGAGGAAGCAGCAGAAGAAGCUGCAGCAGCAGCAGCAGCAGCAGCAGCAGCAGCAGAAGCAGCAGCAGGAAGAGGCACCGCAGCCAACUCUUCGUGACAGCCGAGCACGACAUGUAUGGGUGAAGCCAUAUGUAACAGGAAGAAGAGAAGAUUCAUUUGGUGUUUUAUUAUUACCUGAGGGCUAUCGUGAACAAUUAGCAACAACAAAAUUAUCUGACGUUGGAAUACAAAGCGGAUCUGUACUCACCGUCACAGAUAUUUCUCAAGGUAAUAUGCAAUUUGAUUUAAUAAUAAUAGAAGAUAAAACAUUAAAAAGCGAAGAUGAUAAAGAAUUCAAAGUUAUUAAACCUAAUAGCAGCAGCAGCAGCAGCAGCAGCAGCAGCAGCAGCAGCAGGGAUGACAGCAGCAGCAGCAGCAGCAAUGGCAGCAGCACCAGCAGCACCAGCAGCAGCAGCAGUGGUGAGGUAUUAUCAUCUAGUGCUGCUGUUGGUGGAGAGAAAAGAAAAAGGGGAAAAGAAAGCACGGAGGAGAUAAUCAUUAUUGAUGAAGACGAAGAAGAACAAAUACCCAAAAAAGCAAAAACAGCAGCAGCAGCAGCAGCAGCAGCAACAGGAGCAGCAGCAGCAGCAGGAGCAGCAGCAGCAGAGGAAGAAGUGCUGCUGAUUAGCGAUGACGAUGAAUAA